UAAAUAUAAGGGAAAAAAAGCAGAAAUUUGAUAUUCUCUGUGUGCAAAAAUGAGUUGUUGCUGCGAUGAAAACGAUGACGAAUCAACCCUCACCAGCCCCCUGAAUUCCUUCUCCUCCAAUCCCAUCCUUAUCGAUUCAACUGCCACCAUCUCCCCGAUGAAUUCCCAUUUCGCAGCUCUCACGUGUCGGGACACUCUCCGGCUCAUUUUCGAGAAGCUUUCUCUCGCGGAUUUGGCACGUGCCAGCUGCGUAUGCAAGACCUGGAACGCCGUCGCUUCCGAUGACAAUAUGGUUGUGGAGGCAUUCAAGGCUCCUUGGAAGCUUCUCGAUGUGGUGGGGACGCCCAGUUCGAGAAGUUUCUGGAGAGAUAAUGGGAUUGGGAAGUUCGCUAUCUCGCAUCGGAUUUUGAGAGGGGAGACUGUUGCUAGUCUUGCCGUUAAGUACUCUUCUCAGGUUACGGACAUUAAGCGCCUGAAUAACAUGAUGAGUGACCAUGGGAUUUAUUCCAGAGAGAGGCUAUUGAUCCCUGUAAGCAAUCCGGACAUUCUUAUAAAUGGAACAUGCUAUAUAGAGUUGGACACCUACGCAAAGCGUGAAGUGGCAGUGCUGUAUCUUGAUGGCAAGCCUGAGAGUAAGCCUGGAACAUUGUUGAAUAGAGUGACCUCCGAUCGGGGCAAGAGAAGGGUGAUUGACUCCUUAAAGAGAAGCAUGCAUGUUGAUGAUGGAACUGCUCAAUACUAUUUGUCCAUUUCAAAUGGUGAUCCUCGAGCUGCACUCUCUCAAUUCUCUUCGGACCUCAGGUGGGAGAGGCAGACAGGGUUGGCCUAGUUGGAAAUGCAUGUUGAAUUGAUGGACGGAAAGGGGCCAUGAAUUCGAAGCCGGUAAUAAAUUAAAAUUCCUUCUUUAGCAUUUACUGAAGUUAUAAAGAAGAAACAUAAUGUCAAGUGUUAAUGUCGUCUUUGUUUGUACUAAGAACAAAGCAAGUGCCUGAUGUUUCUGUAGUAUACGUUUGUCUGUAAAUUGAUUUCAUGUCCAAAGGAAGUGGGUGUUAAGUUAUUAAUGUUAAGCCAUUGUAAAUCUUCAUCCAAA